AUGAACAUGAAACUUAUCGCCGACAACGUCGGCAAAGACGACAGCCACUUAAAAGAGCUGCUAGACAACUACCGACCGGACUUGAAACCCUACGAGGAAAUUUACCGCCACAUCCACAGCAACCCUGAACUCUCAGGCCAAGAAGAACAGACCGCCAGAAUAGCAUCUGAGCACCUCCACACCCUCGGCUUCGAAGUCCACUCCAACGUUGGUGGCCACGGCGUCGCUGCCGUCCUUCACAAUGGCCCAGGCCCUAAGAUUCUCCUCCGGGCGGAUAUGGACGCCCUCCCAUUAGAGGAAAAAACAGGUCUACCCUACGCGAGUACCCGCACCGUAGAAGAUGCACAAGGAAAUCGUAUCCCGGUUAUGCAUGCCUGCGGACAUGACACUCACGUCACGACUCUGAUGGCCGCAUCCACACUACUGCUUGCCGCGCGCGACCACUGGAGCGGAACUCUUAUUUGCAUUUUUCAACCUGCGGAGGAGGCUCUCGAUGGUGCGCGCGCGAUGCUGGCUGAUGGGUUGUAUGAGAAGGUCCCGAAGCCGGAUCUGGUGCUUGCGCAGCAUGUCACGCGGAUGCGAGCUGGAACUGUCAACCUCCGUGCUGGACGGUUGCUCACCGCAGCGGAUGCUUUUGAAGUGACAAUUUUCGGGCGCGGAGGACACGGAUCUGCACCGCAGACGACCAUCGAUCCAAUCAUCAUUGGAGCCUCGAUCGUGAUGAAGUUGCAGACUAUUGUGUCGCGGGAGGUAACGCCAGGUGAGUUGGCCGUUGUCACUUGUGGGAGUAUUCAUGCAGGAAAUUCGUCGAAUGUUAUUCCCGAUCACUUGGAUUUGCAAAUUAGUGUGAGGACAUUUGAUCCCGAGGUGAGGAGGCGUGUGCAUGCUGCUAUUCAUCGCAUUGUCGAGGCCGAAUGCCUUGCUGCGGGUGCGGUUGAGAAGCCCAGUGUGAAGCUUGUGUCAUCUUGCCCUGCGACGAUCAAUGAUGACGAGUCUGUUGGUGCUCUUCGGGAGACAUUUCGGUCAUAUUUCCAGGACCAGCUUGUUGAUAUGGAGCGCCCGAGUGCCAGUGAGGACUUUUCCUUUCUGGCGAUGGAGGUUGGGGCUCCUUAUGUGAUGUGGAUGUUUGGCGGAAUUGAUGAAAAGACAUGGGAUGAUGCUGUUGAGAAAGGGACUAUCAAUGAAUUACCCAUGAAUCACUCCCCGUUCUUCGCGCCCGCAAUUGAGCCGACUUUGCGGACCGGUAUGGACGCUUACGCUUUGGGUGCCUUGACCUUUUUGCAGCGAAAUUAA